AUGCUCGCCAAGCCGUGCGACUUUCCUCCGGCCAUGAUGUUGGCCAUCUCCAUCUUCCAGGCCGUCGCAACUAUGUUUCACCUUCUCCUGGCCCUGGUGGUGGCCUUGUGGAAUUUCCCCAGCGUCCCAACCCCGGUGGAGUUCUUCCUGGUUGUUGCGACGGCCUUCCUCAACAUCCAGUUCGUCUCAUUCCCGUUGCAAUAUCUUCUGGUUGAAUGGAUGGCGUUCCGGAAGUCCCGUCCCAUUCCAGCCCGGUCAUGCGAAUGUGAAUAUUGCAAAACGAAUAUUCCAUUCCGCCAGUUUGCCCGGUUGCCGUGCGAGAUCCGCAGAAUGAUCUGGGGACUGACACUUCCGCACCGGGUUGUUGAACUGAACAUUCCCGAGUAUGCCGUGCGUCCCAGUGACUGCACUUUCGACUGGACGUCGAAGGCCAACAACUCACCGCCCGCUGUCGCCAUGAUCUGUUGGGAAUCCCGAGGUGUCGCCCUCUUGUAUUGCACCCUGAAGUCAGACAUGCAGCGGGCCGCGGAUCACUUGUCACGGCCGCUUCCCGGAUCAUUCUGGUUCAGAUCCGUCCACCCACUGGUUCAGCCGUCAAGGGCUCUCACCUGGUUCAACAAGGCGAAUGACACGGUCCUGCUCUACCACAGUCCUUACUGGGCGAGCAGAUCGGCGUGGCAUGCACUCAACACCCGUAUAGCACUAUACGGGCACCUCGCCGCCAACCGAACCGCCAUCUUUGCCGCCAUGGUGAACCCUUGGCCAAGAUGUCUCGAGCACCACCCCGAACAUGGGGUGGCCAGUGGCCCCAAUGUACCCUGGCCAGACCCGAUCUUUGUGUUGAAGAUCGUGGUCAUUCACGCCUCCGUCAAGGAAGCGCGGUCUUCCGGCCUUUUCGGACUCGCGAGCGACGAGCAGAUCCGGCUCGUCGACCCUCUGGACACGAACCUCCUCAUGGAGUUCUUUUGGUUCACCAGGAAGGUUCACCGCGGGCAGGGCCGGGAUGCCGUCGCUUUCUUCGACGCGUUCCGUGACAACGUGGGGCAGUGGGAGGCGCAAGUUCAGGCAUGGAGGCGAGAUGGCCUGACUCGCGACCUGUGGACGGCAUGGAUGGUAGAGUACCAUCUUGGCUUUGUCGGGAUCAUCAACCCGGGUGGUGUAUUCUACGGCCCGAGGUGGCGAAAUGGCAACGUGCUGGAUAUGACAGAUCCAGCUUCGUACCGCACCUCGGAGACCGGGGGCCCUAUUGAUUUCGAUCAAUACGGUCCCAAUGAGAACCACCCCUGGGUUGAAGACUUCCUGCAGCGUCUACCUACGUUCCGUCCUCGGAUCGAGUUCCGGCACUGUGCCGACAGCUGCGUGCCCAUCCCCCCAGAGAGGAGUCUUAGGGCUGGAGAAAAGCCUCAGUAA